GGAGGACUCUGGGAGGGCAAGGGAGUCUGGGAAAGGAGACAGAAGGCUGCAGACCUUCGGGGAGGGCAGAAGGAGAAGGGAGAAGGAGGAGGGGCACGCGGAGGGCACGCAGACUCGGAGAAGAAAGUGAGCACGAGAAGUGAACUUGGGAGGGAAGAAGGCGCUCAGGAGAGGGAGAGGGAGAGGGAGCUAGGCCAAGAUGGAGUUACGGGGGACCCUGGCCUGCUUCCUGCUGGCCUUGUGCUUCAGCAGUGGGAGGGCUGGCCCCCUGCCGGGUGAAGGGGAGAGUGCUGCAACGGGCUUGGGGGAGGCCUUUGGACACAGGAUGGGAAGUGCUGCAGCGGGCUUGGGGGAGGCCUUUGGACACAGGAUGGGAAAUGCCCUGAGCCAAGGAGCUGGGCAGGCUGUUGGUCAAGGAGCUGGAGAGGCCGCCAGCUCUGGAGUCAGGGAGGCCGUGGACUCUGCUGGGAAUAGUUUGAGCCACAGGGUUGAGGAAGCAGCCCAUGCCCUUGGGAAUGAAGCUGGAAGACAUGCCGAGAAUAUUGUUCGACAAGGAAUGGAUGCUGCCCACAGCUUCGGGCAGGGGAUGCCUGGCAGCAACGGUGCUUGGGUAAGUGGCUGGGGAGCCAGCUUGGGCACCAACUCUCAGGGAGGCUUCUCGGUUCAAGGAGGCAAUGGCGGGUCCCCCAACUUCGGGCCCAACGCUCAGGGAGCUGUGGCCCAGCCUGGUUAUGGCUCAGUGCGAGGCAGCAACGGAAACACAGAGUGCACCAACCCGCCACCCGCAUCGGGCAGCAGCGGCUCACAGUCGGGAGGCAGUAAUGGUGGCAGUGGCGGCAGCAGCAGUGGCAACGGUGGCGGCAGCGGCAGUGGCAGCAAUUCUGGGGCCAACUCGGACCAGUCUUCCGGAAAUGCUAGGCCUUUUGAUGAAGGCUACUCAGUCUCCCAGGGAUCCAGAGGCAGCUCCUCCUCAGGCAACAGCGGGGGCAACGGUGGUGGAAACAAGCCCGAGUGUGAAAACCCAGACAAUGAAGUCCGCGUGUCUGGAGGAUCUGGGGGUCAGGGCUCCAGAGGAGGCUCCAGUGGAAGCUUCAGUGGCACUCGUGAAGUCAAGGAAACAAGUGGAGAGGGCGGUCGCAUCCUUACAGGUUCCCAAGGCAGUCAGCAGGGGCAAGGGUCCGGUGGGGAUAGUGGAAGAGGUGAAGCUGUCAGUGGAAUCAAUUCUGUGAACUCUCAGACAAUUCCUGGAAUCUUCAACUUUGAUAAUUUCUGGAAGAAUUUUAAAUCCAAGAUGGGUUUCAUUAACUGGGAUGCCAUAGAGAAGGGCCAAGUCCCGCCCCCCAGCACGCGGGCCCUCCUCUACUUCAGCCGUCUCUGGGAGGAUUUCAAACAUAAGACUCCCUUCUUGAACUGGAAAGAAAUUACCGAGGGGAUAGAUAAAUCCUCCUCUCUACAGAAGAGGGCAAGUGGUGCCAAUCAGCCUGGCACAGGAUGGCAAGAGGUGGCAGCUGCAACGUCUAAGAACAACAAUUAUCACCAGCAGGUGUAUCCUACUGCCUAUUAUGGGCAGUACCCAUCCAAGUCCCCUGCUAAGGGAGGAGUUACGCCGCCUUCUUCUUCGGCUUCCCGGGUGCAACCUGGCCUGCUCCAGUGGGUGAAGUUUUGGUAGAAAAUUACUUCCGAUCAUUACCGAGGCCUUGAAAAACACUGGUCGUCAAGGAGCCUGACUGUGCCCUUCCCCUGGCUCUCGCUCCUGGGAUGCCCUGGUCUGGGUGCUGACACCUCCAUUUUCUAGGUUGGGGGCCUGGUUUGUCUGUUCCUUGUUUCCUCCCACUCCACCGUGGUGACUCUGUGACCACCAGACUCAGCGGAUAAACCAGCCACUUGCUUCACGUCCUCCAUUUUGUGACCGGACACCACUGACGGUUCUUCAGGAGGAGCUUCCUACUUUAGU